AUGAACGGUGACACCUAUUCCUCCAGAGACUCUGGACGCACCCGCGAUCACUUCCGCGACGAGCGGCGCGAUCGAGACCGGGGUGACAGAGGGGAUCGGGCGGAGAGGGGAGCAGAGAGGCGGCGAUCUCGCUCGCCUCAUUUCGGCGCUCGGGGUGGGCGACGUGAACAGGAGGCCAAUUCCUACUCGUCAAGCCGCGACUACCGCGCCCGUGAGCGUGAGGACCGCUACUCCAGCCGUCGAGACGACCGUGAAUGGGACCGUGGCGACCGUGGCGACCGUGCUGACCGUGGAGAUCGCGGAGCAGAUAGGGGCGAUCGUCGACGACGCGAUUUCGAUGACAGACCUCGAAGGGACCUCUUUGACGAACGACCCCGACGCGGUGGACGUGGUGGACCCGGUGGACCUGAUGAACGCCGGGACCCGAAGUGCUUCCCCCCACGAAGGAAAGAGCCUACUCCAGACUUGACGGACGUGCCGUCGGUCUUGGAGCGCAAGCGCCGCCUGACACAAUGGGAUAUCAAGCCCCCAGGGUACGAGAAUGUCACUGCCGAGCAAGCCAAGCUCUCGGGGAUGUUCCCUCUCCCCGGAGCUCCUCGACAGCAGCCGAUGGAUCCUAGCCGUCUGCAGGCUUUCAUGAACCCGCCUGCCGGUGGUUCUGCUGAGAACACGGCUCUCAAGCCCUCCAACUCCCGCCAAGCCAAGCGACUGUUUGUCUACAACAUCCCUCCGGGCACGAAUGGAGACAGCAUCAUGUCUUUCUUCAACCUACAGCUGAACGGCUUGAAUGUCAUUCACAGCGUUGAUCCUUGCAUCUCCGCCCAGGUCGCUGACGACGAGUCAUUCGCUCUUUUGGAAUUCAAGUCGCCUAACGACGCAACGGUUGCUUUGGCCUUUGAUGGUAUUUCUAUGGUGGAGGGUAGCGAGAAGGGGUUGGAGGUUCGCCGGCCAAAGGAUUACAUUGUUCCGAAUGGAAGUGCAGACCAGGAAUACCAGGAAGGCGUGCUUCUGAACGAGGUGCCGGAUUCACCCAACAAGAUCUGCGUCUCCAACAUCCCCGCAUACAUUCCCGAGGAGCCGGUUACAAUGCUGCUCAAGUCCUUCGGUGAGCUCAAGUCGUUUGUCCUGGUUAAGGAUGCCUCGACGGAAGAGUCACGGGGCAUUGCCUUCUGUGAGUACGCUGAACCUUCGGGCACCACCAUUGCCGUCGAAGGUCUCAACGGCAUGGAGCUUGGUGACCGUCACCUAAAGGUCACACGCGCCAGUAUCGGCACUACCCAGGCUGCUGGCCUCGACAUGGGUGUCAAUGCCAUGUCUAUGUUCGCCAAGACCACCUCCCAAGAUAUGGAGACUGGUCGUGUGCUGCAGCUUCUGAACAUGGUUACUGUGGACGAGCUUGUCGACAACGACGACUAUGAGGAGAUUCUCGAGGACGUCCAGGAAGAAUGCUCCAAGUACGGCAAGGUCUUGAGCCUAAAGAUCCCUCGUCCCUCCAGCGGCACCCGCCAGACCGCUGGCGUUGGCAAGAUCUACGUGAAGUUCGACACCGAGCAAUCUGCCUCCACCGCCCUGAAGGCGCUUGCUGGCCGUAAGUUCUCGGACCGCACAGUCGUGGUCUCGUACUUUGGGGAGGAGAACUUUGAUGUGGAUGCUUGGUGA